AUGGGUCAUAUUACUAUUAAUCGUCGAGUCGCUUCAAGCACGUUUAUACUUUCUAUUUUAGCUGUCUUUCCUCCAAUAAAAACCAAGGCAAUAAAGCUUACGCCAUUACCAAGAAACUUGGAAUCUCAACCACUCCUAAACAAAGUCACCAAAAUUCAAAAUUUCCCACAACCUUUUAGGAAUGUUUGGAAAAAGGCAAUUUUAUCCGAAACAUCUGUUGCAGUGUUUCAAGACUCAUUUUGGUGGAUAUUUUGCCAACUGUUUGAACCAAAACAAUCCAAGGAUGUGAUAUUUUCGCGUAUUUCCCCUAGUUUUGUGGCACUUUUUUUCAAUAUCCCAACGGCUUACAAAGAUCGAUUUUUCCACUACUACCCCAAUUGCCUAGCACAAGCUUUGUAUGCUGGCUUCUGCAAGGCAUUCCCAGAUUCGUAUAAAAUAUUUGGCAAUCCUUUCAAAGCCACUUUGACUGACACCAUCUUUGAGUGGAUAUCGGGUGUCCGUCCUCAGCGCAUGAUAUGGGAGACCUGCUCUGAAACCUAUAAGUCCCAUCCUGCAGGAAGCGGUCCAGACUUUCACAAAGUCCAGUUCAAUAUACUAGGGCACAGCCCAUUGGUCCUUCACUUUAUGAGAGUAAAAGGGGUCAGGGAAACAGACUUGGAAAGCGUUAAAAAAGUCGUUGGUCGCACAGAGAUAGCCCGGUUGGCUGAGCCCAGACCGACGUAUGAAGAUCUUAUUAACGAGUUAAAAAGAAAGAGAAAAAAUUCACAAUUGCUGAGUCAGCAAUACCAUCUUGUGCUUCAGAUGUUUUUGGAAGAAAGCAAACAUAUCCAGAAACAAAAGCGUCAAGUCAUUGCAAAGAUCAAUCAGAUGCAAGACGAGUUAACAAGAAAAUACAGUGACUUUAAAACAUCGAAAUAA